AUGCACGACGAGGAGCUACUUGACCGCUUCACCCGGGGGCUCAAGCCGCGCACGCGCAUGGAAGUUACGGUUACCAUGCGCGACCCACGCACCUUCGAGGAAACGGUCAAGCUCGCUGAUCGCAUGGAUUCUCUCUACACCCCUGGGUUUGGUUUGGACCGGCAGCCCAAAGGGCGGUUCGCCUCAGCAGCUAACCCGACCCCAAUUCCCUUCCGGCCUGCUGAUCUACCGGGCACUCUCCCUCCUGACCGGGGUAUGCCAUUCCACAUUGAAACUCUACCGGGCGCUACCCCGGUCAACCGCCCCAUCUACCGGUUGUCCCCCUCAGAGUUGGAAGAGUUGCGGCGCACUCUGGAUGACCUUUUGGCGAAGGGGUUCAUCCGCCUGUGA